AUGGAUGAGUGGUUUCACGAGGACAAUCCACGAUCUGUUGAUGGCCUUGGCUAUGAUCGAAACGGCGUUGAAAGAGUUUUUUUUUUUUUAAAAAAAAAAAAAGGCUCGUCAGGUGAAGGUAGGGUGGUCGUGGAUAAGACAGUAUACGGCGGCAGAAAACAGCCAAGCUCUCUUAUGUCGAUGCUCAAAGGCAUCGCUAACCCGUAUCUAAAUGUAAACUUUGACAUACUGCUAUUAACAAAAGUCUUUGGAAUCCAAUCCGUCAAAACCAACAUCAUUUCCAACAUCAUUUUGUCGGAACUUAAAUUACAAGACAAUGGCGUUUCGUUUACCAAAGAAGUACGAUCGGCUGAAAUACCAAAAAUGUACGCCCAAGGACACAAAUGGCUCAAGGGGUUUGAGUUCUGGGGAACUCAUUGUGGGGAGAUAAUCGAAACUAGCUCAACAUAUGAGACAUAUGGGAUAUUUCAUAUCCAUGUAAGAUCACAAUGUAACUCAAGCUUAAAUACUCACAGAGAGUAG